AUGAAAUCGCUGGGAAAUUACGUGCGGAUACCGGACGGAAUUAGCGCUUAUUGUAUAUAUUCGCCGUGCAAUAUCGUUAGCUCGUGUGCUGCUGCUGCACAUACGACGCAGAAAAAAUAGAAAUUUUUCAUGAUUUUCGAGCAAAAGCAGUCGAUAUAUACGCGCGUGUGCUGAAGUGGAAGAAAAUAAGAAAUUCCAGCUAGAAAAUAUUUUGUUGAAACGAAGCAACGAAAAUUGUGCAAAGAAGCCGAAAAUAAAGCAGCAAAUUGGCAAUAAAAUAUAGUGUGCGCGUUUAAGAGUUUGUGUGGCAAAUCACUGAAAUCGAAUUUAGCUCUAAAAAAAAUCAAUGUGCAAACACUUGCAAACAUAGUGAGUGCGCUGGUGGAAAAUUGGAAAAAUUCUGUGUUGUGAUUUUGGGAAAAAAUUUGUUAGCGAAUUCGGUAGCACAAAUCGUGGCUGUGAGGCUGUGCAAGCGGCAAGCAGCAGGCACGUCAGCGUUUACUGCCGGCAGCAGAACUCGCCAAAGGAUUUAAGAAAAUACUCACGCUCGCACCCACACGCACACAAACGAGCGUGUGUGUGUAUGCAAACGAACGCGAAACUUUGUGAUUUAUCCCACCUACGCGCUGAGAUUUGCAGAUUUGUUUAUUUGUUUAUCAAAUCGUCCAAUGGGAGUGUUUAAGGCUCUCCGCUAAAAAGUGCGUUUUCUGCGCGCUGAAUGGCAAAUGAAUAAUUAUUCAGAGCAAUGUAUCGAAUUUGAAACGAAGUUAAAAAUAAUAAAAAAUUUAACUCGAUAUACCGUAAUACCAGUGAGUGAUUUCUAAACUACCACGCCAUUGGUCAGCACACAAUCAACGAAGAAAGGCAAAAAUUUUUUCAAAUUUUCAAGUGCUAAAAAUCUGUGAAAUACAGUGUUCAAAUCAAAGUUAUAACAAAUAAAAUUAUAAGUUGAAGAAAAGACAGUGAAAAAGCAACAACGCAACAACGAAAUUAAGAAAAUAAAAUUCCACAAUGUGCAACCAAAAAAAAUGUUAAAAGUCUGCGUUAUUGCGCAAGCAAAAAAUUUAACAACAAAACUUUACACCAAAGACUACAAAUCAAAUCAAACAAAUUAAGCCAUACCACACACCACAUAUACACUGACCACCCACCAACUUGCAGCGCGAACACCGUUGAAGGGAAGCAACGGUUUCUUCUACUAUUUCUACUUCUUCGUCCCGCUGUUUAUAUAAAAAGCCAUCAAAAUUAAGUUCUCAAAGCAAAAUCAUCACGCAUACCGUCACACCGAGAACAUCUACGACGGUGGCACCGACACUGACGACGACGAAUGCCCGUUGGAGUCCACCACGAUGAAUCCGUAUGAAUAUGAAACGACACUGGACUGUCGCGAUGUGGAUACACGCGCCGGCGGUGGUGGUGGCGGCGGCCUCGGUGGCGGUGGUCUGAACGGUGGUACAGCUGUUGGUGGCAUGAUGAGUUUGCGUCACAAUCCAACGUCGACACAUUCACAUCAAAAUACGUUGCAACAUCAGAAUCAACAGAAUUUACAAUUGCAACAACAACAGCAACAACAUCUGCAACAACAGCAAUCACCAUACGAUUAUGAGUAUCAGCAUUUGCCACAUCGUGCUGGUGAAUUGGCUGCAGCAGCGGCAGCGAACAACAGCGUUGCAGUGUCAACGGCACAGCGCAACACACACGGCAGACCAGGCUAUCUCCUUGAAGGAGUUACGCCAUCGGCACCACCGGAUGUCCCACCAAGGAAUCCAACAAUGAGUCGCAUGAAUAAUGGCCGUUUAGUCCCUGGUAACCCAAAUGAUUUGGGCGUUGAUUUCGAGCCAUCGUGUUUGGUGCGAACACCAUCGGGCAACGUCUACAUUCCGAGUGGAAAUUUAAAUAUCAACAAAGGUUCACCCAUCGAUUAUAAAAGCGGCUCGGCCUGCUCAACACCUACAAAAGACACACUCAAAGGUUACGAGCGCAGCACGAAUAAUUGCAUGGGACCCGUGCUUCCACCGCGCAGCGUUAUGAGCGGCCUGCCUGCGCACCACUAUUCGACACCGAUGAAUUUCCGCAAGGGUUUGGCGGCGCGCUGGCACCGCUGGCGGUGUGCGCUCAAUAUAUGUUUGGCGGUAUUUGCGUUACUCGGCUUGAUUUCAAUAGUUCUAUAUGUAUCCGGUGUAUUACACUUAUCCAUGGACGAACCACGCACAAUUCUAGUCGGCAAUGAGGCGUCCGAAGUGACGGCCGCCAAAAGUACUAACACAGAUCUAACGAAAUUCGGACAACCCACCACGGUCACAGCAUCAACGGCAACCUCAUCACUCUCCUCGAUAUCGGCAUCACAAGCGGCAGCGGCGCAGGCGGCCAGCGGUAGCGCUGACUUGAUGGCUGGCGGCGGCGGCGGCGGUGGCACCUUGCCAUCAUCGACCGCCUACCAAUCACCAGCAUCUGCGUCGUCGGCGGUGGCUGCUAUAGGUAUGACCGGAGCCGUUGCCUCCUCACCCUCAUCAUCAUCGCUGGCAAAUGCCAAUAAUGGAGGUGCGCGUACUUUCCCAGCACGCAGUUUCCCACCAGAUGGCACGACCUUUGGACAAAUCACCUUAGGACAGAAACUAACCAAGGAGAUACAACCGUACAGCUAUUGGAAUAUGCAAUUCUAUCAAUCGGAACCGGCUUAUGUGAAGUUCGAUUACACCAUACCACGCGGCGCCUCGAUAGGUGUCUAUGGGCGUCGCAACGCGUUGCCAACACACACACAGUAUCACUUUAAGGAGGUGUUGAGCGGCUUUAGCGCCAGCACCAGGACAGCGCGUGCAGCACACUUAUCGAUAACGCGCGAGGUAACACGUUACAUGGAGCCCGGUCACUGGUUCGUCUCGCUCUACAACGACGAUGGUGACGCGCAAGAGGUCACCUUCUAUGCCGCCAUUGCCGAGGAUAUGACACAGAAUUGCCCGAACGGUUGCUCCGGCAAUGGCCAAUGCCUGCUCGGGCAUUGUCAAUGCAAUCCCGGCUUUGGUGGCGACGACUGCAGCGAGAGCGUCUGCCCAGUGCUGUGCUCGCAACAUGGCGAAUAUAUUAACGGCGAAUGUAUUUGUAAUCCCGGUUGGAAGGGUAAAGAGUGCUCGUUGCGCCACGAUGAGUGCGAAGUGGCCGAUUGCAAUGGACACGGUCACUGCGUAAGCGGCAAGUGCCAGUGCAUGCGCGGCUAUAAAGGCAAAUUCUGUGAGGAAGUUGACUGUCCGCAUCCGAACUGCUCGGGUCAUGGCUUCUGCGCUGACGGCACUUGCAUCUGCAAGAAGGGCUGGAAGGGCACCGACUGCGCCACCGUCGACAAGGACGCCUUACAAUGCCUGCCAGAUUGCUCGAAUCACGGCAAUUUCGAUGUGGACACGCAGACCUGCACGUGCGAGCCGAAGUGGAGCGGCGAUGAUUGCUCGAAGGAGCUGUGCGAUUUGGAUUGUGGACAGCAUGGACGCUGUGUCGGCGAUGCCUGCACUUGCGAUGCGGAAUGGGGUGGUGAAUACUGCAACACCAAGCUCUGCGAUACGCGCUGCAAUGAGCAUGGGCAGUGCAAGAAUGGCACCUGCCUAUGCGUGACCGGUUGGAAUGGCAAGCACUGCACUAUCGAAGGCUGUCCGAAUGGCUGUUCGGCGCAUGGACAGUGUCGCGUAAGCGGCGAGGGUCAGUGGGAAUGUCGUUGCUACGAGGGCUGGGAUGGUCCCGACUGCGGCAUAGCGCUCGAAUUGAAUUGUGGCGACAGCAAGGACAACGACAAGGAUGGUCUCGUUGACUGUGAGGAUCCCGAGUGCUGUGCCAGUCAUGUGUGCAAGACAUCGCAGCUGUGCGUAUCCGCGCCCAAGCCGAUUGAUGUCUUGUUGCGCAAGCAACCGCCGGCCAUUACCGCAUCCUUCUUCGAGCGCAUGAAAUUCUUGAUUGACGAGAGCAGCCUGCAGAACUAUGCGAAACUCGAAACGUUCAAUGAAAGCAUUUUUUGGAAUUAUUUCAAUGCAAGCCGUUCGGCCGUUAUACGCGGUCGCGUUGUCACCUCGCUCGGCAUGGGUUUGGUGGGUGUACGCGUCUCCACUACGACACUGCUCGAAGGCUUUACGCUCACACGCGACGACGGUUGGUUCGAUCUGAUGGUGAAUGGCGGCGGCGCUGUUACGCUGCAAUUCGGCCGCUCACCAUUCCGACCACAGUCACGCAUCGUACAAAUACCCUGGAACGAGGUGAUCAUCAUCGAUGUGGUGGUUAUGUCCAUGUCGGAGGAGAAGAAUUUGAUACCCAUACCGCAUACGUGUUUCUCGCACGACUACGAUCUUAUGAAGCCGGUUGUGUUGGCCUCGUGGAAGCAUGGUUUCCAAGGCGCUUGUCCCGAUCGUUCAGCCAUUUUGGCCGAGUCGCAGGUUAUACAGGAAUCACUACAAAUACCCGGCACUGGCUUGAAUUUGGUAUACCAUUCUUCACGCGCCGCCGGCUAUCUAUCGACCAUAAAGCUGCAGCUAACACCCGAAACUAUACCAGAUACACUGCACCUGAUACAUCUGCGCAUAACCAUCGAGGGUAUACUAUUCGAGCGUGUUUUCGAAGCAGAUCCAGGCAUUAAAUUCACCUACGCCUGGAACCGCUUGAAUAUCUACCGUCAACGCGUCUACGGUGUGACCACAGCGAUUGUUAAGGUUGGUUAUCAGUACAGCGAUUGUAAAGACAUCAUUUGGGAUAUACAAACCACCAAGUUGUCUGGCCACGACAUGUCCAUUUCCGAGGUCGGUGGUUGGAAUCUUGAUAUACACCACCGUUACAACUUCCAUGAGGGCAUACUGCAGAAGGGCGAUGGCUCCAAUAUCUACUUGAAGAAUAAGCCGCGUGUCAUACUCACUACCAUGGGUGAUGGCCAUCAACGUCCGCUUGAAUGCAACGAUUGUGAGGGCUUAGCAUACAAGCAACGCUUGCUGGCGCCUGUUGCAUUGGCCGCUUCACCUGAUGGCAGUUUGUAUGUCGGCGACUUCAACUACAUACGUCGCAUUAUGACCGAUGGCACCAUACGCACAGUGGUCAAGUUAAAUGCCACACGCGUCUCCUACCGCUACCACAUGGCACUGAGUCCACUGGACGGCACACUUUAUAUAUCCGAUCCGGAGUCUCAUCAAAUCAUACGCGUACGCGACACUAAUGAUUACACACAACCGGAAAAGAACUGGGAACCCAUUGUCGGCUCCGGUGAGCGUUGUCUGCCCGGCGACGAGGCGCAUUGUGGUGACGGUGCUUUGGCGAAAGAUGCGAAGCUGGCCUAUCCCAAGGGCAUCGCCAUUUCCAGCGACAAUAUAUUGUACUUUGCAGAUGGCACAAAUAUCCGUAUGGUUGACCGUGAUGGCAUUGUCACAACACUAAUAGGCAAUCACAUGCAUAAGUCACACUGGAAGCCCAUACCAUGCGAGGGCACACUAAAGUUGGAAGAGAUGCAUUUGCGUUGGCCCACCGAAUUGGCUGUUAGCCCCUUGGACAAUACACUACACAUUAUCGAUGAUCAUAUGAUUUUGCGCAUGACACCCGAUGGACGUGUGCGCGUCAUUUCCGGACGUCCACUACAUUGCGCCACCACUUCAACCGUUUAUGAUUCCGAUUUGGCUACACAUGCCACACUCGUGAUGCCACAAUCCAUAUCGUUCGGUCCCAUGGGUGAGCUCUAUGUGGCAGAGAGCGAUUCGCAACGCAUCAACCGUGUACGCGUCAUUGGCACAGAUGGUCGCAUAGCACCUUUUGCCGGCGCAGAGUCGAAAUGUAAUUGCUUGGAACGCGGCUGCGACUGUUUCGAGGCAGAGCACUUCCUGGCAACCAGUGCCAAGUUUAACACUAUAGCGGCGCUUUCCGUCACACCCGAUGGUCAUGUGCAUAUUGCUGACCAGGCCAAUUAUCGCAUACGUUCGGUUAUGUCCAGUAUACCCGAAGCCAGUGCGUCACGCGAAUAUGAAAUCUAUGCGCCAGAUAUGCAAGAAAUUUAUAUCUUUAACCGUUUCGGUCAGCACGUCUCUACAAAGAAUAUUCUCACUGGCGAAACAACAUAUGUCUUCACUUAUAAUGUCAAUACUUCCAAUGGCAAACUGAGUACCGUGACUGAUGCGGCAGGCAAUAAGGUCUUCCUACUCCGCGACUACACCUCUCAGGUGAACUCCAUCGAAAAUACGAAGGGUCAGAAAUGUCGCCUACGCAUGACACGCAUGAAGAUGUUGCACGAACUGAGCACACCGGACAACUACAAUGUGACAUUUGAAUACCACGGCCCAACCGGCCUGCUAAAGACCAAACUAGAUUCCACAGGCCGCUCUUAUGUCUACAACUAUGAUGAGUUUGGACGACUCACUUCGGCUGUUACGCCCACUGGUCGUGUCAUUGAUUUGGUAUUCGAUUUGAGCGUUAAAGGUGCACAAGUUAAGAUAUCCGAGAAUGCACAGAAGGAACAAUCGAUGCUAAUACAGGGCUCAACAGUCAUGGUGCGCAAUGGUGCCGCCGAAUCGAAGACAUCUGUUGAAAUGGACGGUUCAAUGACAAGUCUAACGCCUUGGGGUCACACUGUACAAAUGGAAGUGGUACCGUACGCCAUUUUGGCUGAAAUCAACCCUGUGAUUGGUGAAAGCUAUCCGGUGCCUGCCAAGCAGCGUACUGAAAUCGCUGGUGAUCUGGCUAAUCGCUUCGAGUGGCGUUACUUCGUGCGUCGCAUGCAGCAGGGUAAGCAAGGCAAAGGACCACGUCCAGUCUCACAAGUUGGACGCAAACUGCGUGUGAAUGGCGAUAAUGUGCUGACACUCGAAUAUGACCGCGAUGCGCAAUCCGUUGUUGUGCUCGUCGAUGAUAAACAAGAAUUAUUGAAUGUUACUUAUGACCGUACAGCACGUCCCGUUAGUUUCCGCCCACAAUCGGGCGACUAUGCUGAUGUCGACUUGGAAUACGAUCGCUUUGGUCGUUUAGUGAGCUGGAAGUGGGGUGUGCUGCAAGAAGCUUACACCUUUGAUCGCAAUGGACGCUUAAAUGAAAUCAAAUACGGUGACGGCUCAUCAAUGGUUUAUGCCUUCAAAGACAUGUUCGGCUCGCUACCACUGAAAGUGACCACACCGCGUCGCUCUGACUACCUCUUGCAGUACGACGAUGCUGGCGCACUACAAAGUUUGACAACGCCACGCGGCCAUAUACACUCAUUCUCACUACAAACCUCGCUCGGUUUCUUCAAGUACCAAUACUUCUCACCGAUCAACCGCCACCCUUUCGAAAUACUAUACAACGAUGAAGGACAGAUACUCGCCAAGAUACAUCCACACCAAUCGGGUAAGGUGGCGUUUGUACAUGAUUCCGCUGGCCGUUUGGAGACAAUUUUAGCUGGGCUAUCAAGCACGCACUACACUUAUCAGGAUACGACGAGCCUCAUCAAAUCAGUUGAAGUGCAGGAACCUGGCUUUGAGUUACGCCGCGAGUUCAAGUAUCACGCUGGCAUUCUCAAAGACGAAAGGGUACGCUUCGGCUCUAAGAACUCAUUAGCUUCCGCACACUAUAAGUACUUCUAUGAUGGCAAUGCACGUCUGAGCAGCAUUGAGAUGUCCAUUGAUGACAAGGAGGUGCCCACAGCACGUUACAAGUACAGUCAAAACUUGGGACAGUUGGAAGUUGUGCAAGAUCUAAAGAUUACCCGGAAUGCUUUCAAUCGUACCGUUAUUCAAGACUCUGCUAAGCAAUUCUUCACGAUCAUCGAUUACGAUCAGCAUGGUCGCGUAAAGAGUGUGCUUAUGAAUAUCAAGAGCUUCGACGUCUUCCGCCUCGAGUUGGACUAUGAUCUGCGAAAUCGCAUCAAAUCACAGAAGACAACAUUGGGACGUUCAACAUCAUUCGACAAGAUCAAUUACAAUGCUGAUGGACAUGUGACAGAAGUGCUCGGCACAAACAAUUGGAAAUAUUUGUACGAUGAGAAUGGCAACACUGUCGGCAUUGUGGAUCAAGGUGAGAAAAUUAAUCUCAGUUAUGAUAUUGGUGAUCGCGUCAUACAAGUUGGUGAGAUCGAGUUCAACAGUUAUGAUGCGCGUGGCUUUGUGGUGCGACGUGGUGAACAGAAGUACCGUUAUAACAAUCGCGGUCAGCUAAUACAUGCCUUCGAAAGAGAUCGCUUCCAGUCCUGGUACUACUAUGAUGACCGCAGCCGUUUAAUAGCCUGGCACGAUAGCAAAGGUAAUGUAACGCAGUACUACUAUGCCAACCCGAAGACACCGAAAUUGCUGACACACGUACACUUCCCGAAAGUGGGCAAAACAUUGCGUUUCUUCUAUGACGAUCGUGAUAUGCUAAUGGCAGUAGAAAACGGCGAUCAGCGUUACUAUGUGGCCACCGAUCAGAAUGGUUCUCCGCUAGCCUUCUUCGACCCGAACGGCAUCAUAAUCAAAGAUGUAAGACGUACGCCAUUCGGCCGCAUCAUCAAAGAUACAAAUCCAGACUUCUUCAUACCGAUCGACUUCCAUGGUGGACUGCUAGAUCCCAACACCAAGUUAAUCUACACCGAAGGACGCCACUACGAUCCUACAGUUGGUCAAUGGAUGACACCCAAAUGGGAGACAUUGGCCACCGAAAUGUCCAAUCCAACUGAUGUCUUCAUCUACCGCUACCAUAACAACGAUCCCGUCAAUCCCAACAAACCGCAAAAUUAUAUGAUCGACUUAGAGUCUUGGCUGCAACUCUUCGGCUACGAUUUGCGUAGCAUGCAGAGCUCGAAGUACACCAAAGACGCGCAAUAUGUGCCACAAAUUUCGAUUAAAUCAAACACACUUGCACCAGAAUUCGGUGUGAUUUCCGGCUUGGAAUGUAUCGUCGAAAAGACCAACGAGAAAUUCAGCGAUUUCGACUUCGUGCCGAAACCACUGCUGAAGAUGGAACCAAAGAUGCGCAAUCUACUGCCACGCAUUAGCUACCGACGUGGCGUCUUCGGCGAGGGUGUGCUGCUUUCACGCAUUGGCGGUCGUGCUUUAGUCAGCGUCGUAGAUGGCUCUAAUAGCGUGGUGCAGGAUGUGGUCUCAUCGGUCUUCAACAAUUCCUACUUCCUCGAUCUGCAUUUCAGCAUACACGAUCAAGAUGUAUUCUACUUUGUCAAAGACAAUGUGCUUAAGCUGCGCGACGACAACGAAGAGCUGCGCCGACUCGGCGGCAUGUUCAACAUAUCAACACAUGAAGUGACCGAUCACGGCGGCACCGCUGCAAAGGAAUUGCGACUGCACGGACCCGAUGCCGUGGUGAUAAUCAAAUAUGGUGUUGAUCCCGAACAAGAGCGACAUCGCAUACUGAAACACGCGCACAAGCGUGCCGUCGAACGCGCUUGGGAGCUCGAGAAGCAGCUGGUGGCUGCCGGCUUCCAGGGACGUGGCGACUGGACUGAAGAGGAGAAAGAGGAGUUGGUGUCGCACGGCGAUGUAGAUGGCUGGAUUGGCAUCGACAUACAUAGCAUACACAAAUAUCCACAGCUGGCCGACGAUCCAGGCAAUGUAGCAUUCCAGCGUGACGCCAAACGCAAACGAAGAAAGAUCGGCAGCGCACACCGCGCAGCGAAAUCGCGCCGACAGCAAUUAAGAGUCAUGGAUUUGAGUGCGUGAGUGGGCGAGACGAGCGAAGAAGUAUACAAAAGUAGACGUGUAGCAGCAACUGUAACAAAAGUGAAUGAGCAACGCGAAAAUGAUGGGCGUGAGAAGGAUAGGCGAAGUUAUGGUGUUGCCUAUGCUAGGCACGAAAGCUGGCUAGCAGAUGCAAACGCAAACGAACUGAACACCAUUGAGACAACACUUUAUUUAGACAACAAUAACAGCAAUAGCAGCGGUGAUGAUGGUGAUGACGACGACGACGAUGACGAUGACGACGAUGAGGAUGACGAUGCGCUGCCGCAAAAUGUACGCAAACUCAUUGUUGCCAACGAAGCUAACCACAGCGGCAAUGAGGAGUACUACCAAGACGAAUACUAUUAUAAUAACAACUACUACGAUCAGCACUACUAUCGCAGCAAAGGCACAGAUACAGACGACUUAUAUUAAACAACCAAUACUACUACAUACAAAACAUAUAUAAAAAACAAAAACUGAAAAGCAAAUUAAAUUUAAAGAAUUUAGUGGGUAUUAAAUUAAAAUAUGUGUGAGUACGUACGACUAACUACAAUACUAUGAGUAGGUAUGUGUGAAGUAAAGAAAUCAUAAAACACAAGAAAUUUUCAAAAUCAAUAUUUGCGUGUGAAAAUGGCAAAUUUGUAAAAAGUAAAUGAAAAAAAAAAAUGAGUGAAGGUUUAGCAACUGAAAAGACGCCAAGCAAAUUAUUUAGUAAGGAAAUAAUAAAAAUCUUUAGCACACACAGCGCUAAGUGGCGUAGGUAGUCGGAUUUGGU